GUAAAAUCCCAGUUCUGAAAAUUCCUCUGAGGUGUCCCCUUCUUUCCAAGGUGGAAACCAAGGCCAAGUUCAAGUGCUCUUUGUUAGAUUUCACUGAAGAGUGAGGGAUUGAUAUCCUUUGACUUAUGAAGGAGUUCUGGAAUAGUUUAGGGAUAGAAUGGACACUUUACUGCAUUAACUGGUAAAAGCUGUCAGGGCUGAGUACAGCUCAAAACAGACAGUUUGGUGUUCUUGGGGAUUUUCCUGUGAGCUGAGCUUGUCACUCACUCAGCAAUCUAAGAAGUGCAGAUUAUUUUGACAGGUUCAAUAUUCUGGUUCUCAUGCCAACAAUAGGGACUUUAGAACAUCCACGUUAUGUGAAAAUACAUUUGCCUAGGUGUCAGUUUGAGUUCUUGUCAGCACAUGAACAUUAAAUUACAUUUAAAUUGCAGUUGGUUACCUAUGAACUUGAGAUAUUUCUAACAUGCAAACAUUGAAAAUUGUAGUAAUUUAUAUUUAGAUGUGGGAGUGUUUCUUUAGCAUCUUAACUACUGUUUUGAGUCUUAAUUUUAGACACACCCAUUUUAAAAUGUUGGCUUUGAUUUCUCAUUGUUUAAUUUGCAAACGCAUAUGUUUUAAAAGUGCUUUAAAAUCUUAGGAUAGUGCACAUAUAUCAUGAAUAAUUUCAUUAAUUCAUCAUUCAUCUAAAAUGCAUUAUUUAACAGUACAUCACCUUUUCCUGUUAUGUACAAGGUAGUUUAUUACCUUCUUAUUCAUCCUAGAAGCCAGAGAACAACCCAUGUGCCUACAGUUAAGCCUCUCUGCAAAUACAAAAUUGGGUUGGGGAUGGAGAUAUAAAAGUCAGGAUGAAAGUGCUGAGUAGCACUGCAAACAGGAUUUUUGUUCCUUCUCUAGUAGUUUAUCUACAGAAUGAUGGUACCCACAGCAUAUUUGUUUUGUGCACUGUCAUAUACUUUUACCAGGUAAGUGAGAGCUACCAUCCUGUUAAGAAUGGUCUGAUGUGGAGAAUUUUUAAUUUUUUUUUCCUGAAAAGGAACGUAAAUUAUGUACCUAUUAAGCCCUGCCCUUUUUUUGGCUCCCAGCCAGCCAGCAGCUACAAAGGAGCAGGAACAGCAAAAGGCCUGAGCACACGUGAACUUCUCUGUCUGCCUGAGAGCACCUGAUGCCCUUGAGUCACGAAUUGUCCAGCACAGACAUCUCACCCUCCUACCUGGACAGGAAGGCCUGGGAGACACUGACAGCAGGAUUCUACCAAGGUCGUGAUGCCAGAGGGAUCCACAGAAGAGCUCCACAGCAGCCCACCCUGUGAGAGCCAAGUGACAGAGCCUGCUGGGCUGCUGGCUCCCAGGAGCAGCAGGACAAUGGUGACAGGAGGUGGAGGCUACCUGGGAUACAAUCUGGGAUGUGCCCUUGUCAGCUCAGGAGUUGCUGUUGUGCUGUUUGAUCUUCACAAACCUAAAUGGGAAAUUCCACACGGAGCGGAUUUUUUCAAGGGAGAUGUGAGGGAUUAUGAAGCAGUGUUCAAAGCAUGUGAAGGGGUUGACUGUGUUUUCCAUGUAGCUGCAUGUGGAAUGUCAGGAUUGGAACAACUUCAAAAGAAAGAUCAGAUUGAAUCCAUAAAUGUUGGAGGCACAAAAAUAAUAAUUGAUGUCUGCAAACAAAGAAAUAUCCCUAGACUGAUAUACACCAGUACAGUGAAUGUGGUGUUUGGAGGGAAUCCUAUUGAAGAAGGAGAUGAAGAAACUGUACCAUAUUUUCCACUGGAAAAGCAAUUUAAUCAUUAUUCCAGAACCAAGGCAAUUGCAGACCAAAUGGUCCUUGCUGCUAAUGGAACUUUACUCAAAGGAGGGGACAAGCUCCACACGUGUGUGCUUCGCCCACCGGGCAUCUACGGACCAGAAGAGCAGCGGCACCUGCCUCGAGUAGCCAUAAAUAUCCAGAGGAGACUUUUCAACUUCAAGUUUGGGAAUCACAAAGUUCAGAUGAACUGGGUUCACAUAGGAAAUCUAGUGCAAGCUCAUUUACUGGCUGCUGAGGCUCUCACCUCUGAGAAAGGCUAUGUAGCUAGUGGCCAGGCUUACUACAUCCAUGAUGGUGAAAAUGUCAUCUUCUCUGAGUGGAUUGUGCCUUUGUUUGAAAAAUUAGGCUACAGGAAACCCUGGAUACAUAUUCCUGUUCUUCUGGCUCAUAUAGCAGCCACUGUGAUGGAAUAUUUGCACCUGAUACUAAAGCCAGUUUUUAGCUUUACACCUUUCUUGACAAGGAAUGAGGUGUGGAAUGUCACUGUAACUCACACUUUCCGAAUAGACAAGGCACGAAAUCAACUUGGUUACAAACCAAAGAAAUUCUCAUUCGCUGAUUCUGUGGAUCAUUACCUGAAAACAAGACCUACCUGCCAAGAAGAUCACACAUUCCUUAAAAUGGUGUUUGUUUUUGGCAUUUUGUUAAGUUUGAUCAUUCUUUCUUUCUUCUAAAAUCAAACAGCCACUCACCUGCUCCAGAAAACUUCAUUUGGUUUCUGAGUAUUAAUUAUCUGGUCGUGGUACAUUCCUCAGCCACUUUGUUAUUCAUAUUACUAUGAUGACACCUCUCUGACCUCAUUAAGAAAGGAAAAAAAACCCAAAUAAAAAACAACUAGAAUAGUGAAAAUAUAGGAUGUAUCAGGCAGUGUUCUUCAAGAGCAACCCAGUGUUACAGCAAAGGAGGCCACCACAAAUGGGUGCAGGAAUAGUUUUAAUGGAUCUUCAUUAAGUGAUGUUUCCUGCUGGGAAGCAUUUUCUAAAAAUGAUUAUUUAGAAGGAUGAGAAGGUGGAAGGAGAGGAACUGUCACAGGACAACAGUGCUGUAACAAGUCCAGUAGCUCCAGUGAAGAAAAGUGUGACUGAACAACUCUUCUGAUGAAGCCAUGGCUACAGCUACUGUCAGUUAGCCUGAGGAAUUACAGAGACCCAGGAAACAGUGGAAAAAUUGGAAAGUAAAUAUUUAUAAAUAAUAGGUGAUUAGAGGAGUGAAAGUCAUAUUUAUGUACAAUAAUUGUAUUGUUCUAAAUCUUUGUAAAAAUGUAAUAAAUAUCAUUAUGAGUGUUUGUAAAUCAAAUAUAUCCUUUCAAUGCUAUAAUAAAUAAUAACUGAACC